CACGGCCGGUUGUGAUACAGCCCGGGAUCAAACCAGGGUCUGUAGUGACACCUCUAGCACUGAGAGGCAGUGCCUUAGACCACUGCGCCACUGAAGCUUAAAUUCACUGGCACUAAUGCCAUGGAAUUUCUAAAAUAUCAAAUAGUUUGGACCUUGCAAACAGAUUUAAGUGAGAAUGAGUACUUUGGUGUUCAAGAAGGAGUAAUUAAUUGGGUUACUUCGCAUUUUAUUUGUCUCAAGGAAAAAAGCCAAAAAAUGUUUCCAACACAACAGUAUUACACACUGAGCAUUGUUGCAUGGUGACCUAUCGCCACCUUCCUACUGCGUUGAUACCAGGAUAUAUUAUUAUUGAUUUCCACUACUGCAUUGAUAACAGGAUAUGUUGUAUUCUGUUCUAUGAGUGAUUUCAGCUGUUCAUGUGCAGAUUGAGAUUUUAAAAUCAAAUUCACUAUUGUCCUGAAAUAUGUUCUAUUGGUUCUGGGGGGAGAGUCUGUAAUUGAUUGAAUAGCCUAUAAUGUAAGGUAAUAUUCUGGUACCAAGGAAAAGUCUACUAUAUCACUGACAUCAGUGUAUGCACUAAUAAUGUAUCUAAGCCCUGGAUUGCUGACCCUCUCCUAUUGGCCAUUGAGAGGCUUUGAAGCCACCACAUUAGCACUCCCCAGUGGGAGCAGUCCUCCAUAGGAAUGAAUGGAAUUCUACAGUAUUUCAAUUCAAUGUUUCAAGGAAAAAAUUGCAUGUAUUUAUGUAUUUUUUUUCUUGUGUGGACAGUAACGGUACUAAAAAAACAACUAUGGAAAUGUUUUAAUAUAUUUUUCAUUUUGUAUUUGUAUGUUUAGCUCACAUAAUAUUAUUUAAAAGUAUGUAUGAAGGUGUCUGGAAUAGAAUAAAAAUGUCACAAACGAAUGUAGACAUUAAUACAUGCAUUUCUAUAGCUACCAAAAUAAAAAAAAGUACAAUGGAGAAGGAAUACCAAGAUGGCUUCAAUAAAGCGCUCCCUGUUAGGCAUCCGGAGUUUAUACACAACAUUGGAAUGAAUGCACAUCGCACACAUUCAGUGUUAACAUUUGACAUCAGCCACUGCUCGUGUUAACAUUUGACAUCAACUACAGUUGCACUGUUGCCGCUCAGUGAGUGUCUGCGGGAGACAGGGGUCGCCUCCGGGCGGGGCGGAGACUGGCAGGUCUUCAACAGAACAUGUGAAGUUAUCUCGAAAGUUGCUCAAUUUACUACUAUCUAAUUAUUCAAAAUGGGGAAGCUGGUUGUCAUAUCACUUUUUGUUGCUGCUUUAUCAGCAUUUCUUGGAGAGAGAAUUAUUAACUUAAGGAAAAGGACUCUUGCUUCCAGAAAGCUUGUCCAAACCCACCUCCCAAACUGCCAUCCAAUCAAAAGCCUUGAGUACGGAUCAGAGGACCUCACAAUACUUCCCAAUGGACUUGCUAUUAUUAGCACUGCUGAAUCUUUUCUCCACUUUCCAGAUAACUCAGUAUACCUGUUUGUGGUCAAUCACCCUCAAAAGAAAACACAAGUGGAGAUCUUUCUGUUUGUUGAGGAGGACCACUCCCUUGUCUAUGUGAAAACCAUAAAGCAUGAAUUCCUUCACAGUGUGAAUGACAUUGUGGCUGUGGGAGUGGAGAGCUUCUAUGCCACCAACGAUCACUAUUUCAGUGGAGGCACUCUGAAUACUCUGGAGGUACUUCUGGCUCAGCCCUGGUCUAACGUUGUGUAUUACAGCCCUGAAGAGGUCAAAGUAGUGGCUGAGGGAUUCUACAUGGCCAAUGGCAUCAACAUCUCACCUGACAAAAGGCACAUAUAUGUGGCUGACUUAUUUGACCACAACAUACAUGUUUUGGAGCGACUGGAAAGCAAUGGUUUGGCCCCAGUAAAGGUCGUGGAAGUGGGCUCUCUUGUUGACAACAUUUAUGUUGACCCUGAGACUGGCGACUUGUGGAUUGGUUGUCACCCUAAUGGCUGGAAACUAUUUCGAAAUGAUCCUGAGGAUCUUCCUGGAUCUGAGGUGAUUCAGAUUAAAGACAUCCACUCUGAGAAGCCAGUGGUGACCCAGGUCUAUGCUGAUGAUGGCAGUGUGCUCAUAGGAUCCUCUGUAGCAGCUCCCUACGGAGGAAAGCUUCUCAUUGGAACAAUCUACCAGAAAGCCUUGGUCUGUGAUCUAGCCAAGGUAGACCAGUAGCCAAUGCUUUAUGUAGAAAACAGGCUUCCGACGUGGGUUGUGGUCGGAAGAGUGCAAGUGUGCAACAUACUGAAUGUUGCAGAUGGAAAUGCAAUGAAUAGAGUUAAUAAGAUUCCUUACUCUAUAUGACAGGGAGGGAUGUCUGUUCUACAUAAUAUACAGUGGGGCAAAAAAAUAUUUUGUCAGCCACCAAUUGUGCAAGUUCUCCCACUUAAAAAGAUGAGAGAGGCCUGUAAUUUUCAUCAUAGGUACACUUCAACUAUGACAGACAAAAUGAGAAAAUCACAUUGUAGGAUUUUUAAUGAAUUUAUUUGCAAAUUAUGGUGGAAAAUAAGUAUUUGGUCAUUUUUCUGGCUCUCACAGACCUGUAACUUCUUCUUUAAGAGGCUGUAUAUCUAGCUGAAAAUUCCUCAAUGUUGUGCCGUACUGAAUUCUGCCGUGGCCUGUGGGGUUCAAGUUGAUAAGUAAAAAAAAAUAUUUUAAAGUUCAUUCAUUGCAUGCUCUGUCUAAUCACAGGAAGUUAGAUUUGCAAUAAAGUUGACAAAAUGAUAUGUCAAAGAUAACGCUGGUGCACUGAACAAAACCUGUAACAAUACAAUACAUAGUAAUGUUGUAUAAAAGUUGAUAAAUGACAGGAGAAAUGACUUGAUAAGAAUAAUCUGACUGUUAUUUUUUUUUGCCUAAAAUGACAUACCCAAAUAUAACUGCCUGUAGCUCAGGACCUGAAGCAAGGAUAUGCAUAUUAUUGAUACCAUUUGAAAGGAAACACUUUGAAGUGUGUGGAAAUGUGAAAUUGAUGUAGGAGAAUAUAACACAUUAGAUCUGGUAAAAGAUAAUACAAAGGGGGAAAAAAACAUUUAUUUUUUAUGUUUUCCCCCCAUCUUUGAAAUGCAAUAGAAAGGCCAAUAUCUCACUUAGGAGUCUAGGUGCAAUUUCACUAGAUGGCAGCAGUGUAUGUACAAAGUUUUAGACUGAUCCAAUGAACCGUUGCAUUACUGUUCAAAAUGUUGUUUCAAGUCUGCCCAAAUUUGCCGAAUUGGUCAAUUAACACAAGUACAUAACUAUAGAGAACAUACAAAAAUGAUAUGGUAAUAAAAAAUGUAAGUUUACACACUUCUAGGAAUGUCAUAAAUUAUGGAUAAUUAGCUUCCCUACAGAAAAUACACCAACCUUCACACAUCUAGAUGUGAUGUUUUUUAAUAUAAAAAUGGAUUUUAUCAAACAAAACUAAGCUACAUUUUAUCUCUGGAUGACAAAUCAGAGCAAGAUUCUGAAUGUAAGUAUGUUAUUUACCUUCAGAGGUGAAUAUAUCAAACCAGUUGCUGUGAUAAAAAAUGUUUUGUUGUUGUGCACUUUCAAACAAUAGCAUGGUAUUUUUUCACUGUAAUGGCUACUGUAAAUUGGACAGUGCAGUUAGAUUAACAAACAUUUAAGCUUUUUGCCCAUAUAAGACAUGUCCUGGGAAAUGUUCUUGUUACUAAUGAAGAGGGUUAAACCAAGGCCUUAUACCUUUUAAAGGGUUAAUAAAUUAUCUUAUGGUAAACUGUAAGGUCUCCUCUUCAGGAGACCUCUGUGUGUGUGUGUGUGUUAAAAUCUGUUUUUGAGUGAUGUGACCUUCAGACACUAUCAGAAGGCGUCUACAUUCAGACUCCUCCUGUCUGGAUCCCACCGUGGUUAUCUGGUUUUCUGAGAACACAAGGCUGUCACAGACCUGAUGAAACCAGCCACCUAUCAGAAGAUACUUACACUCGUUCAUACUUGUGAUGACAGGUCAAGUUUCAGUUAAAACCCACUUCUGAGCUUUUAAUUGCUGAUAAGAUGGUUACUGCUGUCAGAGGGAGGUUAGAUUUAUUAAAAUGUUGUUGCCAGGGAAACUCAUGCAAGGAGGACUGGGAGAGGCUAUAUGAGUCUUACACAUUUUGCAGAACUUGGGGAGAACUAUCAUGUACUGUUAUACUGUACUCUGUACCAACUUCUGCCUACAGUUGUAUUACUAAAAUGAGUAUUUUAAUACUUAAA